AUGACAGAUCAAGUUAAUGCAUUGAAAGCUCUUGGUAUACCAGUCGCUACGAUCAAUUCUAACACUACCCGUGAGGAGAGGCAGCGGGUUUUCGAGGAUAUGCUUUGCGGCCACCCAAGUACACGGCUUCUUUAUGUCACACCGGAGCUGUGCCAGACAGACAACUUCCGCCGCCGCCUGCUGAUAGUUCACAAGCAAGGUCAGCUCAUUCGGGUGGCCAUUGAUGAGGCGCAUUGCAUAAGUGAAUGGGGCCAUGACUUCCGCCCAGCUUACAAAGAGCUUGGUUGGUUCAGAAGGAACCUUGUCAAUCCCACUGUUCCAAUCACUGCGUUGACAGCGACAGCGACGCCCCGGGUCCGCUCGGACAUGAUCGAUAUCUUGGGGCUGGAUCUUGAGAAUCUCCGGCUAUUCAACACUCCGUCGGACCGACCAAAUAUUCACUACGAGGUACGAUAUCUUGCAGACUUCGCUGGUGACAACGAUGGCGCAGAAAAGAGCCAGCUGCAAAACCUGCUGAGGUGGCUUCAGGGUAUCCAAACGCGACGGGAGGCCCGACUUGGCAGUAGAGUAGCGCUGCUCCCUCCAAUGUCAGGAAUCGUAUAUGUCGGGACCCGAGCUAUGGCUGAGCAUCUUGCCAGCCGGUUAACCCAAUCCUCGGACGAGAUGGUCACAGCCGUGGCAUACCACGCCGGCGUGGAAGCCAGCAAGCGCGCACAUAUUCAAUCAACGUGGAAGUCAUUUCAGCCAAUCCAGUCAGCCGAUGGGGGAAAGACACCUGCUUUCUCCAUUAUUGUGGCAACGAAUGCCUUCGGUAUGGGAAUCGACAAUCCAGAUGUCCGCUUUGUCGUGCAUUGGACACCACCGCGAAGUUUCGAGAGCUUCGUUCAAGAGUCGGGGCGUGCAGGUCGCGACGGCCGCGCCGCUACCUCACUUGUCUACUAUGGAAUUCAAGAGAGAAACUUCAUAGAGACUAUGAUCCAUCGCGAUACAGAAUCUCACCGUGCGCACUGCCCUGAAAAUCGAGAGGCCAAGCUUGAAAGCUUCGGCAAGGUCAUUCGGUACUGUGAGAGUAUUAGGAGGUGUAGACAUGAAUUGAUCAAAGAGUUCUUUGGUGAUUUCGAGCUGGAAGAAAUGGGGUCCCAGCUGCCAGCCAGGGAGGGUGUGUCUGUUACGACCUCAUCCCCUUGCGACUUCGCCUGCGACUUUUGCAAAGAGGGUCGUGUCGGGUUGGCAAAGCGCCGGGAGAAGAUGGCUUCUGAGACACAGAUGGCUCUCCUAUACGCGGAUUUCGACUGA